AUGCAAUUUAAUUCAGUGCAGAGGUUCCUGCUUGCGGAAACUGAGCUGCCUUCAAUCACUUACUUCCUCAUUAGCCCUGAAACAAAGCAGUCUGUAAGCAGCACGGAGGAGCUCCUUGAAGGUUUUUUUCCCCUUCCAGAAUGGAAACCCUGAUAUUUACAUUGCUCAUUGGGUGUUUUCUCACAAGGCAGAGCUCACAGCUGGAAAGACAAAAUUGCCAGCGAUGUGACAAGCAGUUCUUUUGUGACUGUUCUGAUGAAGGCCUUCCUCAGGUCCCCAAAGUGCCUGAAGACACCCUGGGACUCAAUCUUUCCUUCAACCAUAUUGAAAUCAUAACCGAAAAUGACUUUCAUGAGUAUAACCACUUGAAAACUCUCUACCUGCAAAUUAACUGGAUCGCAAAUAUUCACGAAAAUGCUUUUUCUUCUCUCGGGAACCUGGAAAGACUUGACCUGUCCUACAACCGCCUCACCAGUUUAUCCUCAUCUUGGUUUGACUGGCUUAUCUCACUGCAGCAUCUAAACCUAUUAGGCAAUACCUACCACACGUUAGGGACAGGUUUCGUUUUUGCUCAGCUGGGGAGGUUGAGAAGCUUGCAGUUCGGGAGUCCAAACUUUUACUCCAUGGGUAAGAAUGAUCUGAGGGGCUUGAAAGAUCUGGACGAGGUGACGCUAUCAGGCAACCGCCUGGUACAUUAUGAGGUCGGCAGUCUCAGUAGAAUCAAUGGCACUAUUACACUUUGCCUUCACCGUCUAUUUCAGAAAGAUCUGGAUCUUCUGACAAUCAUCUUGAGGGAUGUCUGCAGCCCAGAGACUUUUCUGAUUAUUGCUGACGUGAUGCUAAAUAAUAAUCGCACAAUCCAGCCAUUUGUUCAAGCUAUGAAGAAGGGUGUGACGAAGAUUCUUUUAAAAAAUAUGACAGCAACUGAUGAAGCCAUAGUUUACUUCUUGCAAGCAAUGGAUAACGCUCCAUUGACGUUUUUAGGGAUUGAGGAUUCACUGUUUCUUGGACGUGACUUUUGUGACAAGGUAAAUGCCACACGCCAUGACAAGCUGGAAACAUUGUACAUAAAAAAUCUAAAUAUUCAAGAUUCCUUUGACGUCAGUUUCCUUAGUUAUCUUAAAAAUAUCCUUAAAUACCCCAAAAAUAUGUCAGUCAUUAACAGCGAAGUCUUCCUCAUGCCCUGCCCGACCUCUAAGCUCUUGAAAAAGCUGGAGUAUCUGGACUUCACUGGGAACUUACUCACUGAUCUUGCCAUGAGAGAGUCCAUGUGUGGUGGACGAGGUACAUUGUUAAAGCUCAGAUUUCUUAAUGUGAGCAAGAACUCUCUCAAGUCUCUUGCUCUUAUGAACCAAUUAGUCAGCAAUCUCAACAAGCUUGAGUCCUUGGAUUUAAGUCAAAAUGUAUUUUCUGUCAUGCCGGAAGAGUGCACUUGGCCCACAAGUCUGCAAUACUUAAAUCUGUCCUUGACCCAAUUAUGGAGAAUUACAGAAUGUCUUCCAAAGAGUUUGCACAUCUUAGAUUUAAAUGGCAAUCACCUGACUGUGUUUGACAUAGAACUACCUUACCUCAAAGAGCUGUACAUCUCAGGCAACAAGUUCACAAGUUUGCCUUCGGGAAGGUUGUUCCCAAGACUGGAGUCGCUGCUGAUCCAGCGAAAUGUGCUCAACAUGUUUGACGCAACCGAUUUGAAGGAGUAUAAGAACCUGCGAAAUCUGGAAGCUGGCUACAACAAAUUUGUGUGCUCAUGUGAAUUCUUGGCUUUUAUGCAGCAGAAGGUCAGACAGUUAGUCGGGAUUGGCGAUCGACCUGAGAGUUAUGUGUGUGACUCACCAGUUACUCUGAGUGGACAGCUGGUUGCAGAUGCACACCUCUCCAUCUUUGAGUGUUACAUGAUGGUGGCUGUGUCUGGAUUGUGCACUAUUGUCUUUUUGGCAACGCUCAUUUGUGGGAUCCUUUGCUAUAAGCUCCAUGUUGUUUGGUACGUAAAGAUGACCUGGGCUUGGCUUCAAGCUAAGAGGAAACCAAAGGUCAAUGCAAACAACGACAUCUACUAUGAUGCCUUUGUUUCUUACAGCGAGAGGGAUUCUGAGUGGCUUGAGAAGUUCCUGGUCCCAGAGCUGGAGGGAGCCCAUCCGUCAUUUCGGCUCUGCCUGCACAAACAUGACUUCCUUCCUGGGCAGUGGAUAGUAGACAACAUUAUCAAUGCUAUGGAGAAAAGCCACACCACUCUCUUUGUCCUGUCCCGGCACUUUGUCAGCAGUGAAUGGUGCAAGUAUGAGCUUGAUUUCUCCCAAUUUCGCCUGUUUGACGAGAAUAACGACACUGCUGUCCUGAUUCUGCUGGAGCCCAUCGCCAAGGAGACCAUUCCAAAGAGGUUCUGUAAGCUGCGUAAAUUUAUGAACUCAAGAACCUAUUUGGAGUGGCCAGAAGAUGAGGAGCAAAGACCUCUAUUCUGGCACAAUCUUAAAGUAGCAAUUAAGAGAGGCAACUAACUUGCCUUUGAAAGUACUAGUACUAGUCUUUUCAAUAAAAAUAUUUUGGAAAAAAAAGAAAGUACUAGUCUCAAUGGCUUUUUUCUGUUUGUAAACAUGACUCAUUUAACUUGUGUAAGUAGAAUUUUACCUCAGAGAUAUGAACUUUAUAGUUAAGCACUGACCAGUCAACAACGUACGGUAUGUAACCAGAAAUGGCAUAACCAAAUAGGCCUUGUCAGUAUUAAGCUCUUAAUUAUUAAUGCAAAAUGUCAAGCAUUAAACUAAAGUGAGUCACACAUUCCACUGACAUAAAACUUCACAUGCUAUGAAUGUUAGAGAAGGGGACAAUUUACAGCAGUAUCACAAAUUAUCACCAUGAAGAAAAGCCAAUGGUGAUGUAAAGAAAAGGGGUAGCAUAUUUUUUUUUUUUCAGUUUGCAGUUUUCAAAUGUGGUCAAAGCCAGCAGCGUCACUGAAAAAGUCUUGUCUUUAAAAAAGUGAAUAAAGAAGUACCAAUGUUUAAAGCUAUAACAUGGGACUAACCUUCAUAUCUAUUUUGUAUUUAUUUGUAUUUAGACAUCACUGUCAUACUUAAUUUCUCCACAAUUCUAUUGCUUCUGGAUUCCUGUCUUAUAGAUUCUAUAGCAUGUUUACUGACACAUUGAGAAAUUCACUAGCAUGAAAAGACAUGAAAAGCAUUUAUCGGGUCAUACAGGUGUCAUUAGUUGUGGCUGUAAGGUGGCUCAUCCUAGCCAUCCUGGGAUCUGGUGUAUGGACAUGUGCCAUGGUCUGGUAUCAAAUCCUCAGUGCCCAUUCAGUCUAAUAGGGUCAUGCAUAACUGACUUGCAUUGCAUUAGAUCUACAUGCUAUAUGAUUUGAUACUCCCUAUUUUCCAUUAUGUGUACCUUCUAACUGGAUAAAAUAAUAGCCUUUCGACAUCAUAUAAAAUAUUUCUAAAGUUACAGUUGAUUUCAUGAAUUCAAAGAUAGCAUUGAUGUGGAUGUCUAGUAUAUCUGCUGUUAUAUCCUCUGCUUGAUUGUGAACCUGUUUUAUUUUGUAAUUUUCAUUAAAAUUUUUAAUUCCUACUACAUUAAUAAAGGUACUUCAAUAUCUGUGUAAAAUUAAUGCAAAUGCAAAAAACAGGAUGGGUAAUUUAAUAGACAUGUAAUUAUUCGGGUCACUCAAAGUCUUCUGUCUGCUGAAAACUGGGGUGUAGCUGCCUCGAGGCAAAUUCCCAUGUUUCCCAGUUUGAUGUCCAGAAUCAAAUAUUGCAGAAGUUUCCCUUUGGUUUUCCCAGUUUGGCUUGGAUUUUGAGACUUCCAAAUUGAUCAUUAAACGUAUGUUAUUCCA